UUUUUUUUAUUCUUUUUUCUUUUAUUAUUAUUAUUUUUAAUAUGUCUUUAAAGAACCAUAUUCUCUCUUUAAAUAUCCAAUUAAAUCCAAAAACAAUUGAUAAAGAUCAAAUAAGUGAUGUAUGGGCAGAAAAUGGUCAAAGACUAGAAUACAUGUCCUGGAGACUGUGGCAACAAAAAACCCUUCAUCAUUCAACAUCAUCACCUGCCAUUACUCAUGACGCAUUUUGCCACGAGGUUUCACAACAUGACGGGCCCAUAAAGACCCAGGAUGAUGAUCAGGUGAAUAAAAUAGAACAAGAGACGAUCAUCAACAAUAAUAAAAGGAUUAUUAUUAUUGAUGAAGAUGAAGAUGAAGAUGAAGAUGAGGAUUACUUUUAUAGCGAUGAAGAAGAAGAGGAAAUUCAAUAUGAAUUUAUUAAAAUGAAGCCUAGACCACCUACAUCGCAAAGAUCACUACUAUCAGAUUUAUUACAGAGAGAAUCAAAUAAUAGUUCACCUCCUUCACUUUCUAAUUCAUCUACAUCUUCAAGUCAUAGUUUUGAUACACUUCAUUCUAAUAAUAAUAAUAAUAAUAAUAACACGCCUGCAUAUAAUCAUCAUCUUCAUUUAAUAUCAACAAAAGAUCAAGACAUUCAUUGGAAAGAUGAACCAUUUCACGAUUGUUGCUUCAAAUAAUUCAUCUUCACCUCCUUCGACAAUUUGACAAAUAGGAGUAAAUGAUGAACGAUUUGUUGAUUUAACAUAGUCUUGUGCAUAUUGUAACCCA